GAUGAUAAGAGUUGAAGUCGGGUAGACCCGCUUCUGUGUCGGACUCUCAUUCUCUCUGCAGUCGGACCUUCGAUCAGUUAGGAGCUCAAAUGUCAGAGACAAACGUUGAGGAUUUGAAGGAGGAAGAGGUGGCAGCUGAAUCAGAUACCCUUCAAAAACAAGUAAAUGAGAAGUGUGUGCAAGAAGAAGACGGUGAAAGCCACCCCAUGCCUUCACCCCAGCAGGAGGAGGAAAUUAUCAAGAAAAAGUAUGGAGGAAUACUACCAAAGAAACCUCCAUUAAUUUCCAAGGAUCAUGAGCGUGCUUUCUUUGAUUCUGCUGAUUGGGCUUUGGGAAAGCAAGGAGCACAGAAGCCUAAAGGACCUCUUGAAGCUCUUCGCCCAAAAUUGCAGCCCACGCCUCACCAGCAAGUGCGCUCAAGGCGCUCAGCUUAUGCUCCUGCAGACGAAUAUGAAGGAGAUGGUGCGGAUAACAACACUUCGUCAGAGGAACAAAGCUGUGCAUUGGAUUGCGGCCAAAAUAACAACACUACGUCUGAUGAAAAGAGUCCCCACUAAUGGUUGUCAUCAAACCAUUUUAUGAAUAAAUGAAUGACGGCAAUGUUGUAACAAUCAAUUAUGUUUGCACUCUGAAAAAGGUGAGACAUUCAUGUGUCAUUUCCAAUAACGCCUCCACUAAACAUUUAGAAUUUUUGUAGCAUAAAUGUUACUUUAAAUCUUGAUAUUGGUUAUACAAUUUUGUAUUCCUUCCCUCCAUAUUUGAGACCUACCGUC